AAUCAAGGCGGAGGACUCCAUGGACAUGGGCGUGGUCUUGCUGUUUUAUGGACUGUACUACGGCGUGAUGGGCAGAGACUUUGCCGAAAUCUGCUCCGACUACAUGGCUGCAACCAUCGGGUUCUACAACAGAGGCGGCAUGCCCAGCAGGAACUUGUGGGGAGACAUCUGUGCCGUGUGCGGUCAGAAGAUCCUGGUGGAGGUGGAGGAGGAGGGCUUCAUCGAGGACACCUACCAACUCUCCUGUGGUCACAUAUUCCACGAGUUCUGCAUCCGCGGCUGGUGCAUUGUGGGUAAGAAGCAGACGUGUCCGUACUGCAGUGAGAAGGUGGACCUGCAGAGGAUGAUGAACAACCCCUGGGAGAAAACUCACGUUCUGUAUGCUCGGCUGCUCGACUGGCUCAGAUAUUUAGUCGCCUGGCAGCCCAUCAUCAUCGGCAUUGUUCACGGGAUUAACUUCUCCCUGGGCCUGGAGUAGAACCCUGAGGAACGCCACUGUGGAAGCCAGUAACUGUCAGACUUGGAGCCACGAGGUUCUGAUCUGGGCCGCAGGAGAGUCCUCCAGCACAGAUCCAGUAUUUGAACAUGCUUCGUGUGCUGUUCGUAUAGAGUAGGGUCAGGCACCGACCGAUGAAUAAGCUUCUGCUUUUUUCUGAACCUGCAGCUUUUUGGAUACUUGAGCCGCUCCGGAGCUCAGUUUUUCUCCUGAACAUCGUAUUUCCUC